AUAUUUAAUAUUUUUAGGUAGCCUACUGAACAUUCAAAAUGUUGAAAUAAUAUGUAAUAAAUAGCUCAGUAUUGUUGUUCUGUCAGUGUACGAGAGGGCAGCUUACUGUUAUUUCCGAUUGACAUAAAAAUUGGUUUGUUGCUAUGGAGUUAGUUUUUAAUUAACACGGUCAAAUGCUUGCUUUCGUUUGAAUAGGACUACAGUCGCAUAACUUGGCACCAUCUAUUUGUGCCCCUUCUAUUAAAGACUAUUAAAGGGGUCGAGCAGGUCCAUGCCUGGUCGACCCCUUUGUUUUAAAAGCGGAUUCUCUGUUGAACAUCUCUGAAUAACGCAUCUAUCAGGUUGCAAAUCCGAAAUGUCUUAAAAUCGACCUGGGGGAUUUUUUUUCUGAAUGGUACAAUUAGAUAUUGAAUUACUAAUAGUGUGCUUACAUUGACCACUAACUAGGCAACGGCAUUGUCUCCCCUUGUAUUAGCAUCCCAGCGUCAAAACAAAACUAAACCGCACUCACUUAAACUAUUUAGCUAAACGGAACCUUUGGAUGUUUUUUGGACGUAAUUAUUUAAAUUACAAAGUUACAAAGCAAAUAUAAACAAGCAUUCAUAUUAAUCAGUGCCAAGGUGAAUAAAAACAUAUUUUAGAUUUUGAAAGCACAUAUACGUUUGUAUUUAAACGCAUUAUAUCCUAUAUUGAUUUAACUUUUUAAGAGCCAAAAAAAAAAAACUUCUUAGGUUAGGGCCUAGUUAAAUUGUCAAAAUUGUUUAACUCAAUUUACUGAGUUAAAAAAGCCUGUUGUUUUAAGGUUUGGGUAACUAUUUAUGUUUGAUGUUGACCAGACGUACCGUCGGUGUUUACACUUGAAACAGACAGUUUCCCUCUGUAGGCAAAUAGGCCCAGACAAACAGCCACCGCUUUAUUAAUGUUGAAUUUAUAGCUUCAUGUUGCAACUACGUUCUUAAAAGCGCAGUUUAAUUACUCGAAUUCGAGUAUUUUGCUGAUCACAAAUGCUAUCUUCUAAACGUUUCUAUUUCAAAUUAUAACGGCUGCAUUCAAACAGUGAGACCUGCACUGUUUAUAAUAACCUGCUGAUAUUUUACAUUCAAAUUAAACCUAGGGAGGAUUCUCUGUGUUUCUAUCAAACAAAUCAGCCACUAGUCUAGAAAAGAACGGGGCAUUCUAAAAGGUUCAGCUAACAGCCAACAGUAUGAGCCACCGAGGCUGUCUUCCGACGGAAUUCUAGCCCCACCUCCACUGCCAUGUGCACUGAAAUAAGCGGGCGGUGUUGGUGCUACAGAAUGAGCCGCCUUAUGCCCAGCGGCGGCCGUUCACCAAUGAGGACGAGGCAUGGAAGUCCUUCCUGGAGAACCCACUGACAGCCGCUACCAAGGCCAUGAUGAGUAUCAAUGGCGACGAGGACAGUGCUGCUGCUCUGGGACUGCUCUAUGACUACUACAAGGUGCCCAGGGAGAAAAGGUCACUCACACAGACAAAAACUGACGUGCUGGGUACUGAUGUGGAUCCCAACAAAAGGAACCUGUUGGCUCCCAUGCAGGACGUUUCCAUGGCAGCGCCUGAGAGCCGUAUCCAGGUGCUGAAGAGUGUGCCGUUCAACAUCGUCCUGCCGGGGAACCAGCUGGCCCCGGACAAGCGAGCCCCGUUCCCCUCGCCGGACACCACGGUCACCGUGUCCAUCGCCACCGUGCCAAACUACGCCAUGAAGGCGGAGGGCUCAUCGCACGGGUUCACGGUGGCCACGCCCGGUGGAUCUCACUGCGCCGAGACCGACGCCCACGCCGGGGUGUUCGACCGGCAGCUCAACCACAGCCAGUUCAGCCCAAACCCACAGCCUCGCACUCCAGACUCGACCUUCACCGAGACCUUCAAGGACGCGCCCAAUGAGGUGUUCUCCUUCCCUGGGGACCUCCAGCUGCGCAUGGCAUCCAUUGCACCUGAUGAUUACGCCGCCUUUGACACAGAGUCGGGAAAUAACUUUGAAUACACACUGGAGGCAUCAAAGUCGCUGCGUCAGAAGUCUGGUGACGGGACGAUGACCUACUUGAACAAAGGCCAGUUCUAUCCCAUCAGCCUCAGGGAGAUUGACAACGGCAAGGUCCUUCACCACCCCAUCAGCAAAGUGCGGAGUGUGGUGAUGGUGGUGUUUGGAGAGGAGAAAUGCAGGGACGAUCAGCUCAAACACUGGAAGUACUGGCACUCCAGACAACACACGGCUAAACAGCGCUGCAUUGACAUUGCUGACUACAAAGAAAGCUUCAACACCAUCAGCAAUAUUGAAGAGAUUGCCUACAACGCCAUUUCUUUCACAUGGGACAUCAACGAGGAGGCUAAGAUCUUCAUCUCGGUGAACUGCCUGAGCACGGACUUCUCGUCCCAGAAGGGGGUGAAGGGUCUCCCCCUGAACCUGCAGAUCGACACCUACAGCUACAACAACCGCAGCAACAAGCCGAUCCACCGUGCCUACUGCCAGAUCAAGGUGUUCUGCGACAAGGGUGCCGAGCGCAAGAUCCGCGACGAGGAGAGGAAGCAGUCCCGCAGGAAGGGGAAGUGCCCCGAGGCCAACCUGGGAAACUUCGUAGAUGUGAAGGUCCCUCUUCUACACAAGCGCAGUGACAUCACCACUUUCAAGAUGAUGAAUGACUUGGACACACAGCCCAUCCUCUUCAUCCCAGACAUCCACUUCUCCAGCUUCCAGCGACAUCCAUUUUCCUCAGAAGAUGGAGAGGAAGGUUCGGCCAUGAAGAGAUUACCUUUCUCCAAUGAGGAUGAGUUCGGUUCCCCUCCUAACAAAAUGGCCAGGAUGGAUGAACCCAAAAAAGUGCUGUUGUAUGUGCGGAAGGAGACGGAGGAGGUGUUUGAUGCCCUCAUGCUGAAAACACCCACAAUGAAAGGGCUGGUGGAGGCGAUCUCAGAGAAGUAUGAGGUCCCUCUGGACAAAAUGGGGAAAGUGUACAAAAAGUGCAAGAAGGGAAUCCUGGUCAACAUGGAUGACAACAUCAUUAAGCACUACUCCAAUGAGGACACCUUCCAGAUCCACAUUGAGGAGCUGGGGGGCAUGUACAAACUGACCCUGACCGAGAUUUGAGCCACCUGGGACUCCAGGGGGGCGGAAUAGGCAUGCGGGGCGGGGCGGUGGUGCUGGGGGGUGUGGGAGAGGGAGAGUGAUGAGAACAUGCACACUGAGAAGCGGUCAUUGGGUAGCACCGCUGAGGGACUCUGGGUUUACACAGCAAUGCUGUACUUCCUACUUCCUGUCACCUGACUUAUACCAUAACUCGAUGUGGCUGUGACACCUUAUGAGAUGUCCAUUUUACCUGAGAGUCACUUUGAACCUGUUUUUGAUUGUUAUCCGCAAUGAAGAACCUGUUUCUUGCUCUCAGGCAACCACUGGUACAUAAUAUAUAUAUAUAUACAGUACUCUCAUCUUUAAACUCUCCAGAGUUCACCUGUCUGCAAGCUUGCUGUAAAUACAUAUCGGCAUCAAUUUUCCAGUGCUUAUCUGAUGAGAAAAGCCUUGUAAAACAUUUAAGCCACUCCCCCAUGCGCUGAUGUAAUGUUGGUGCCUUUGGAUUGGCUUGAGUCUUUCUCCUCUGUUUGUUGUUCUUAAAUUGGUUGGAGUGAGUGAGCUGACACCAUGAGCUGACACCAUUCUGAGCUUUAUGAAUCCACCUUGAAUCCCCAUUACUGUUGAUAAAUGCAGUGUACUGUGGGUAUUCUGGGAAUUGUCUCUUUUCCAUGUGUGGCAAAUCAUUACCCUAGAGGAGCUGGGCUGCUGUGUUGUGAUUGGCUGCAGUCACGGUAAACAGCGGAACAUGCUCAACUGAUCUGUUUUCACACAUAACACACCACAGUAUUUAACAUGUAAACUCCAUCCCAACAUUUGAAGUUUGCUGAAUCAUCAGCUCUUCUGGUCUUUCUAUGAGAGAGAGAGAGUGUGUGUAUGUGUGUGUGUGUGUGCGCUCGCGCAUGUGUGUGUGACAGUGAGCUGGUACAAAAUACAACAACCCAUGUGUUAAAAGUUUUAAUUGUACAGCCGAUGUCUAUCUUCAACAAAAAAAAAGAAACAAAAACAUGUCUUUUUGAUUUGUCCAUAUUUUUGUUUGGUUGGGCUAUAAGAAUAUUCUGCAUCUUCACAUGAACAUCUACAGGUGAAUGAAAAAAGAUAAAUACAAAUUGUAUAUUUUUUAGUUCAUUGCCAAAGGUAUUUUUGCAGCCCACUAGCUUUUGCCAAUAUUUACAUCUAAAUGCAGGUAACUUUUCUUUUUUUUUUUUGUAUACCAAAACGUAUAUAUCAAAGUACUUACACCUUAAUGUGUACAUAUUUAUUUACACUUCAUGAACAGGGAUGGGUUAUUAAUAUGAUCUUCCUUAUCUUAAUAAUAAAUGUUUAUUGAAAAUAAUUAUUUAGUAUUAUCAGUUUGACUGUUUUUAUAUAAAAUUAUGUAUUUGUAUGCCAAGGGAAUAUUUUUAUUUUGUUAAGUUUUUCUCUUUUUAAAGAGGGUGUUUAUGUAUUACUUUGUCGUUUUUACAUGUAGAAUAUUUUUACAGUUCUAAAUGUAUUCUGUGUUAAAUAAAAUAAAAGCCGAUUUCUUGAA